CUCACAUUUAAAAUAAUUUGCUCUCAAACUUCACUGUGUGUUUUUGAGAAAGAGAAGAGAAAGAAGAAGAAGAAGAAUAGUAUAGAGAUGAAGCCUGCAUGGCUUGAAGGUUUAAUGGCGGAAUCAUUCUUCGCAGCUUGUGGGGUCCACCAGAAUUGCAGGAAAAACGAAAAGAACAUUUUCUGCUUGAAUUGUUGCCAGAGUUUUUGCCCUCACUGCCUUCUCUCUCAUCACCCCUCCCACCCUCUCCUUCAGGUAAGGAGAUAUGUUUACCAAGAUGUGAUCAGAUUGGACGACCUCGAAAAGCUCAUCGACUGUUCAUACAUUCAGCCCUACACGAUAAACAGUGCCAAAGUGAUAUUCUUGAAUCAAAGGGCGCAAUCAAGAUCUUGCAAGGGCUCUGCAAAUUCGUGUUACACGUGUGACAGAAUUCUUCAGGACCCAUUCCACUUCUGUUCCCUCUCUUGCAAGGUCGACUACAUGGUUUACCAAGGCGAGAAUCUUUCACGAAUCCUGUACAAAUUCGACCACUCGGAUUUUUCCAUCUCUCAAUUCGAAGACCUGAGGGUUGACGUGGCAGACGAGGGUGGCCACGUCACCCCGAGCUCCAUUUUGGAGGGAUAUGGAGGAUCCAAGAAAAAGAGGGGAUUUCUAAUGCUAUCUUUUGGCAAUAGAAGAAAAGGGGCGCCACAGAGGUCUCCACUUUCUUGAUAAAACUUAGUGAUAAUAAUGAUAGAGAAUAUAGUUUUUUAUUAAUUGUGAUGAAUCAUAAAUAAAGCAGAGUGCUUCCAUGUUAAAUGCAAUGGGUUGUAUUAAUGCUUAAUAUUGAAAAAAUAUUAAAUUAAUUGCGGAUAUUAGCUUCAGUAUCA